ACUAACCAGGUACGGAGAAGUUCGUUGUUUUUUUCGUGGUUUUUCGCGCGCCGCGGCACCGAAAAGCUAAACCUUCCGAAUUCUGCGUGCCCGGCCAUUCCGCGCCCCUCGAGGACGCGUCCUCCAUCCGGAAAAUCCACUGUAAAUAGCGAGUGUACAUAGUGUGAUAGGUGAGUGAAGUAGGUGAGUGGGAAUUUAGUUGACAAUGAGUUCGAGCAACAAAUCGUCGGUGUCCUCCGGCGGGAGAGGCGCCAACAAGAACAAGUCGUCACAGCAACAUGGCAAAUCAGAUCAUCACCCAUCCAAAUCCAUGGACACGGCUAAACAUGAUAAAACUCAGCUGAAUGCUGAUCAGAUGCGGCACGCACAAAUCAUUGACACUCGGAUGGGAGGUGGUGAAGAUCCUGUUUUCAAGGAACGUGUCAAGCAAGUCAUGGACAUUACACGUCGGUCUGAAGACGAGGUCAUCAUGGCCUUGCACGACAACGAUGGAGAUUUCGAUCGUGCGGUCAACGAUCUCCUUGAGGGUGUCAUGACUGAGUGGGAGGUUAAGAAAAAGAAGGCUCGUCAGCCAGCUGGUUCAAAGCAGAAUGCUGAGCAGUCUACUGGUCAAGAAGAAAGUGGUGACUGGGAUGAAAGACGUAAUCAGCGAGGUGGAGGAACUCCCCGAAUGCGUGGACGUGGUGCGAAUCAUGACAAUCGUGGAUGGCGUGGACGAGAAAACAAGGAAAAUGAGAGGAACAUGGAAGACAAUGCAAGGGACAGCGGGUUCAGUGGUAAUAGGCGCGGUGGCAGAGGCGGACCACCUAGAUCAGGUCGUGGUGGACGAGGAGGAGGUCGAGGGUUAGGGCCCCGGACUUUCGCAAAUCGCGGUGACCACGCAUCGUCAUCCUCGGCUCACAGUUUCAGCCGCCCGAUUGAUACUUGGACGGGCAGCGAGGAGCAACAACAGCAGAGCAUUCAGGAACCGAAAAUGGAUGCCUGGAAUAAUUUGGGACCGACAGAAGACUGGGACAACGAGGAGUACACUGGUUCACUGGCGGACACGAAAGUCUUCACCCCUAGCACCACUGUUAUCGAGCCUUCUGCGACGCUUGAGGAAUCAAAGCCUCAAGAUUCUCAGCCUGUUCAGUCCUUAACCUUGUCGCCUUUGCAACAGCAGCAGCAACAACAAGAUGAUUUAUCCAAGUUGUCAGAGAUGCCGGUGAUCCAGCAACAACAACAGCUUCAACAACAAUCACUUGUUCAGCAAGUUCAGCAGCAGCCACCUGCGCAACAAGGGCAGGCGCAACAACAACAGGCUCAGCAGGUACAACAAUCGCAACAGCCUUCUGUUCUGAGCAUGCCGACGAUGCAGCUCUCUCAGCAACCUAGUGUUGUUGGCGGCGGAGUCCUUACAGCUGCUCAGACUCAGUACUUGACACAACUCACUCAGCAAACGAGCGAGAGUCUCAAGGCUGCUGCAGCUCAGACGCCAUUCUCGUCAACAAUGAGUAACCAGCAGCCCCAAAGACAACCUAAACAACGACCAAGGGUGCCACCACCUUCGAAAAUCCCUUCAAGUGCAGUCGAGAUGCCUGGUGAUGCUGUGAACAGUGGAAUUGGCUUUCUGGAUGUGCAAUUUGGCGCCCUUGAAUUCGGUAGUGAUUCUGGCUCCUUGGAUGGUUCGGCGACGGACAAAUACAACUCUGCGAAUUCGGCCAUCAGCGGGCUGGAUGUAAGUUCUGCUGGAAAUCCUGGAAACGUUGCGAACUCGUCGAAUUCUUUAGAUAUUGAGACAAGUCAGACAGCAACCAAUCAAUUCAACACUGCCUCGCAGAUGCUUUCGAACAGUGAAAGUUUACCAGUAUCUGGGGAUCACUCGUUGAAUUCCCAGGGUGGAUUCGCUGGACGUGGAACGAAUGCAGGGCAGUCUCUUGACAUGAAGCAGGAGUUCGGCGCCCAGGUUUCACCAGGUAACGCAGCACCGUAUGGAACGACACCCAGCUAUCAAUCCCAGAAAAAUAGCUACCAGCAAGCCAGUGCCACGCCAAACUACAAUGCCUACUCGACGAAUGCACAGUCAGCGCAAUCUUCCUUCCCAACGGCAUCUGGAGGAAACAGCAACAGCUACUCUGGUAGCGCGACGGUAUCGCAGGCAGGUUACAACACCGCGUCCUCGUAUCCGCAGUCCAACGCUUCUACCUUCAGCCAAGCUUCCCCUUCUGCGUCCACGUCCUCAGGCUAUAACCAGACGACCACCGCUAACCAGAGUUACCAGUCAGCGAGUGGUUACGCUCCGACCACGACGUCCCAAUAUCAGCCCCAAUCCGUCGCGACAAACACCGCGUCGAAUAGCAAUUCAGGAUAUCAGACGACCGGAUAUCAAGGUUCAUCGUCAUUUCAAUCAACUCCACAAGCCUAUCAGCCGUCUGUUACGACUUUUACUUCGCCGAUUACUCAGGCAUCCGGUGGUUAUCAGAGUGCGGCUCAAUCUGUUUACGCUAGUGCUUAUGGCAGUUAUGGAACGCAACCUCAAACUGGGUCUCAUAAUCACAAGCUAAAUAGUAGUUCGAACAAGGAUUCUCAGUAUGAUGGCAACACAACGACAUCCACCGGGUCCACCGGCUCGUUGGCCACUACCACGGCACCAGCCCUGGGACUAACUUCUGCGUCAGUUAAUAGUUCGCAGACCAAAGUCACAAGUUCAAAUGCUGUACCCAAGAGCACGUCGAGUGGUGUCGUAACUGGCAGCGGCGGAACAGGAAGUAUGACUGGUGGUGGCGCAGCCGGAAAUAUGACUCCCAUGCUUAGUCACCAGUACAUCAUGGGCCAGGGUAUGCCAUACGCCGCCUUCCAGCAACCUAUGUACAGCUAUGAAGAUCUUCAACUCAUGCAACAGAGAAUACCGCACAUGCCAACUACUGGUUACUAUGACGCGGCUCUGGGCUAUCAGACGACCGGCCCUGCGACAAGUCUUGGAGGUGGUCGAGGUGACGCUCUGACGGGCGUGCAGGGUGUCCAGGGAGUACAGGGCGUGCAGGGUGCCUACACCAGUAUUAGCGAUGCCAGAUUCGCCAGAAACGACAGCAAUGCUUCACCUGUUCCUUCUACGAUGUCGCAACAGACUGCAACGCAACAUCAACAACCUAUGAUGAACCCGACCCUACCACCGGGGUACGCGUACUUUACCUAUGGAGGAGGUUUGAUGCCUGGCAGUUUCCAAUUCGGAACCCCUGCGAUUUAUCCCCAGAUAGCUACAGCCGGAAACGCAGGAACGAACAGCGGUGCCUAUAGCGCCAAACCAGGUAGCUAUGGCUCGGGUUAUGGUGGUGGCGCAAGCUACGAUGCUUUGGCCAGCGCUGGACCUACUGGAGAAUACAAAGGUGCUGGUAGCGGUUACACCGGGACACAAGCAGGCAAAGCGGGAGCCUCUACUGGUAACGCAAACUCAGGAGGAUCAUCCGCAGCCGAUAUCAGCGCCACCAUGUAUGCUAAAAGCCACGUAGCUUUGAGUAAAGUCAACUCUUACGACAAACAAACUUUUCACUCGGCGACACCACCGCCGUUCGGUCUCACCGGGAGUCAAAGCGCUGGAAUGCCAGGUGGUUACGCGACGCCUCAUCUUUUUAUUCCGACGAUGCCGCAUCAGCUCCACCAGCCGCUGCAUCCAGAUGGUGGUAGCAGCACUGGCCAAAGAUCCAACGCAAGCUCCCAGAACAAAGCCCAGGCCAAGCCUGGGUACAGUUCCAAUUACUGGACCAGCGGUAACUAAGGGCUCCCUCAGGAUUCUACUGACAAUGGAGAUCAGGAUGGACAGUCAGGCCCCCCUCCCCUUUUUAACCCACCACCACCACUUCAUCCCCAUUUGACAUUUCACGCACAUCUUCGGAAUACACAUUGCUAUACUCUUUGGUAGAGAUGCUACACAAAACAUCCCUGUCCCGCUCCAUCGUGAAAGACGGGAAGUUUGGACACCAACAACCAACGUCAUCCUCUGACGUAUCAUGGAAUUAAGAUGAUAACAGAUGAGAUACAAUUUAGAGACAUUCUGAUAUAUAAAUGAACAUCGCGUUGUUUGUCGGGAGCAAAAAUAUAAAUAAACUAACAAAAAAAGAAAGAAGAUCAAAGGAACAGAUUCGCCUUUGUGAAAAAGUGUGAAGGAUAGGUAAAAAUUCAAUGCCCGCUAAAAGGAUUUAUGGUCGAAACUUCGUACUAAGCUGGGCGUUGGCUCCUUUAUUUUCGGAGCUUUAGAAAUAUCCAUGUAGACAAAAAUGAAGGGCGUUAAGAGAGCAGUCAGGACGAGGUUAAAGUUACAUGUGGCGACAAAACGAUUAUGCAAUUUCUUUCUUCUCCUUUUUUUUCAUUGCGAGUUCUUAGUAGAUGCAAAGAGAGAGGGAGAGAGCCCUGCGAGCUUUUCUUUAAGCGUUUUACUUUUUCCUUUUUUUAAAUUAUAUGACUGCGAGUCACGUGCGAGGUACGGGAAAUGGUAUCUGUAUAUUCAAACGUAGCGUUUAAUAAAGUAAAAGAGCGAUUAGGAACGUAUUAGCGAGAGAGAGAAAGAGAGAACGUGAAAGCGUGCAAGCGUGUAUGAAACUGUGAGAGUAAAUGGGAUUUAGCUAAUGAAUGUUUCAGAAUUUUGUCAUGCUUUCUUUUAACACUACAAACGAGCAGAUAAUACCCGAACGAGAUACUCUGGCUAAGAUGAAGAGAGAGUGCUUUGCCAAAUAGAAGUCUCUCCUCAUCUUCCCGGAUCUAAGGAUGAGACUGUUUUCUCUUUUUUUUUUUUAAAUGAAACACGUACGCACGAGAUGAUAUGGGAAACAAAGUUUUUAUUCGAGGAUGUGAUCUGUAAGAGUUAGAAUAACGUGUAACGUAGCUCGUUGCUUCGUAACGGGUAAAAUGGCACCAGUACCUACAUGCAGUUAGUAAUUUUUGUAUUUUCAAAAUAUGAACCGAAUAUCCGCAAUAGAAAGAUUCAACGUAAACGACGCAAUUAGCGAAACAUGUCUUAACGUUCCAUCCUCGUUUCCGUUCUUUGUUACUUCCGGUUCUUCCAACUCUGUCCUCGGUAUACAUCUUAUUCCUCAUUGACUUCCGUCUCUUUUUUUCUGUCCUUUGAACAGGAUAUCAAUUUGUUUCAUGCUCAUGUCGCACAGACCCAACUUUAUUAUUCGUUUGCACAUUUUGUAUACUUGAAUCGAUAGAGUCGUGCCAGAUAUAUUUAUAUAUUUCGAGUGACAGGUUCUUAAUGUAUUUCGAUCAUAUUGUGGUUUUCCUGAUCUUUUUAAAGAUUUCAAAAGUGAAUUGACAUAUUAAGUAGACGGGACUGUGGUUAUUGUUUUUUCUUACCGCGUCUUUAAUGCUCUUCCGUUUGGGAGCUGUGUUCAUGCCAAAUGAGAAAGAGAGUGGAAUAUGAAGAGAGGUAAAAAAAAAAGUAAAUGAAAUGAGGAAAAAUGUGGUGGACACGAGGUCGGAAAACAAUGUAAAAGAAAUUCGCAGUGAAAAAUUAAUAUAAGAGCGUGACGAGAAGAUUAGGAGGAUACUAAGUAGCUUUUUCGAGUAUAAUAAAAAUAAUGGCGAAAACAUAAACGGAUGAUUUAGUGUAUACUGGUGAAUUUGCUCUUACGUUGCCACGAGGACUCUUUCAAGGGUGACGAAAUUAUAUAUAUUGUUUCUUCUCUUGUAAUUGAUGAACGUGCGUUAAUUAACGAUCCUUAUUUUUCGCGAGACUCGAUUAUCGUUCGCUCCUUACAUUACUGUCCUACGCUCGCGAAUGUCUGUAAUUUAUCUUAUCCUCCUUCAAUCUGACGUCUUUCUUUUCUGCUUUUAUUUUAUUUUUUUUCAUUUACGUUCAUCUCUUCCGUUGUUCGGAGAACCAAUCAAUCGGUUAACAAUUUUUUUCUCGAUUCGUAUGAUUUCGUGAUUCUCAUUGUGAGGAAUUCUCGUGCGUUAGAAAUACCGUAACAAAGAAAACUCAAUGGUUCUCCAAUGGAGGAAUAAUUAGGUCUGAAGGGACAGCGUAUGAGAAUCCGGAGGAACGGAGGGAUAUUAUUUCUCGGUUAGCAGUCUUGGCGUUUAUACAAUUUAUUUCUUCGAUGCGCCAAUAAGUUGAGAGAGAGAAAACGAUAAAUUCGAGAAUUAGCAGAAAUAUCCCUUGCGUUCUACAAAUUCUUUUUGCGAUUAUACGCAUAUAAAUAUAUGUAUUUGAAAUACUGCCUUGCGCCUGUUCACAUUGUAAAUUAUCCCAAUCUACAUAUAUUUUUUUCUUUUCUUUGCGAUUUUGAUAUUUUUUUUCGGUCGACACUUCUUGUCCUGCAUCUCGUCAAGGACACUGACAAAGGGUUCACCGACAAUGGCCGGGCUAUCAAUUAUCGUUAAUAUAAUUAUUUAGUUAGUUCGUAUCGAGGGUCGAUCGAUGAAUAUAAAUAUAUAUAAUAAUAAUUAUUAUAAUAAUGAAAAGGAAAAGUGGUAUCGAGAGUGAGAGAGAGAGAGAGAGAGAGAGAGAGAGAGAGAGAGAGAGAGAGCGAGAGUAUGCGUGUGUGAGAAGAGAAGGAGGGAGAAAAGGUAGAGAGACAAAAUAAUUGUAAUAAGAAAGCAAAGUUAAAUGUUUUUGUCGAGUGAAUUCGAGUGUGUUAGGUAAAUCGUAUAGAAAUUUUGUUUGGCGCCAAUUAAUUAGGUGAUAAUAACGAGGCAAGAAAUGAAAAAAAGAAAAGAAGAGAAUAAAGUAGAAUAAAAAGAAUUGUGAGAAAUCACGGGGCACUCCAAUCGAACAUCUUGAACGACACCGGCAAUAGUUUUAUUAUGACUUGUCGAAAAGACUUUUCUUGCAUUUUGUAUUGGAGAAAAGAAAAAAGAAAUAGAGAAGUGCUCAUGGCGUGUAACAUUGUCUUUUUUUUUUACUUGAAAGGACUCGAGAGGAGGAUUUAUUGAUGUCUCGGGUGUUUCUAAAUUUAUGAAGUGACCAUAUACAAAGUUCUCAUUAGAAAGUAGCUUUUUCAGUCUCUCUCCUGCUGUAUAACAGAUCAGAUCUAUUGUUUAUACGAGAAAUUGUGAUUUUCGCGAAAUUUAUAAAAUUCGCGGUAUCUCAAAUCGUCCUGAGCUGCCCCUUCAACUUCUUCUCUCUUGACUUCUUGAUUAAUUAGGUCUACUGAAAAAAAUGUACCAUUAUAGAAAUUUAUAUGGGAUAUAAAGCUCCGAAGACAAAGAAUAAGUGAAAAAGAAUAACACGUGGCCAAGACAGAAUUUAAUCGUUUCGUUUGGUUUUUAAUUAAGGAAUAUUUUGUUAAUUUUUAUUCUUACCGCGUCGCCCACCGUACACGAUACGCGCGUUAUCAGGCUCGCGUGUGCACGUGAUCAUACAUAUACACGAAGGACUACGGAAAAUACAAAGGACACAGAAAACGCGAAUGAAUUUUUAGGAUAAAUAUAGUAAGUGUAAUGUACGAUGAGUUAAAGAGAUACGCGAAUGAGAUUGUCGAUGGAGAUAGAUGAGAAAUUAUGAAUAAAAUCAGAAAUGGUUUAGUGUCAGAGGAUGAAGUAUAGAAGUACAUACUAUCGUAGGUUGUAAGGGAAAAGGAAGAAAUUAAGGUAAAAUUGAAUGAUGGUUUAUUAAUGAAGAGAGGCAGUUUAAGGUUAGAUUAAAGAAGAGACGAUAAGGGGGAGAGGAGAGUGAGGGAAAAAAAGAGAGAAGGAAAGUUAAUUUAAAAUAUGAAGAAAAAAUAUGAAAAAGUGUCGCAUAGCAAAGCGCGUUCGUUCUCGUAAUAAUUAUUAUACCUUAAUAAUUUUUGUAUUUUUGUCAAAUAUUAACCGAAUGAUCGAAAAUGCAAAAUGCAUUACGCCACUACUGCUAACUACUAUAUAAUUAUUAAUAAUAGCUACUACUGUGUAUAAAUAUGGAUAUCUAAGAAUAAAUGUAUCAAAA